GAGGGCCCUCUUUGUGGCUGCAGUUGGCAAGAUGGCGCCGGUGGGGGUGGAGAAGAAGCUGCUGCUGGGCCCUAACGGGCCCGCGGUGGCGGCCGCCGGCGACCUGACCACUGAGGAGGAGGAGGGCCAGAGCCUAUGGUCCUCGAUCCUGAGCGAGGUGUCCACCCGCGCCAGGUCCAAGCUGCCGUCCGGCAAGAACAUCCUGGUUUUCGGUGAAGAUGGUUCUGGUAAAACAACCCUCAUGACUAAACUUCAAGGAGCUGAGCAUGGCAAAAAAGGAAGAGGCCUAGAGUAUCUCUACCUCAGUGUCCACGACGAGGACCGAGAUGAUCACACACGCUGCAAUGUGUGGAUUCUGGAUGGAGACUUGUAUCACAAAGGUCUGCUGAAAUUUGCAGUUUCUGCUGAAUUCUUGCCGGAGACCCUGGUGAUUUUUGUUGCAGACAUGUCUAGGCCUUGGACUAUGAUGGAAUCUCUACAGAAAUGGGCUAGUGUUUUACGUGAGCACAUUGAUAAAAUGAAAAUUCCACCAGAAGAAAUGAGGGAGCUGGAACGGAAGUUUGUGAAAGAUUUUCAAGACUAUGUUGAGCCUGAGGAAGGUUGUCAAGGUUCCCCACAGAGAAGAGGGCCUCUGACCUCAGGUCCUGAUGAAGAAAAUGUUGCCCUGCCUCUUGGUAACAACGUGCUGACUCAUAACCUGGGGAUCCCAGUGUUGGUGGUGUGCACAAAGUGUGAUGCGGUGAGUGUCCUGGAGAAGGAGCAUGAUUACAGGGACGAGCACUUUGACUUCAUCCAGUCACACCUACGGAGGUUCUGCCUCCAGUAUGGAGCGGCCUUGAUUUACACAUCAGUGAAGGAAGAGAAAAACCUCGACUUGUUGUAUAAGUACAUAGUUCAUAAAACAUAUGGUUUCCACUUUACCACGCCUGCCUUAGUUGUGGAAAAGGAAGCAGUUUUUAUACCUGCAGGCUGGGACAAUGAAAAGAAAAUAGCUAUUUUACAUGAAAAUUUCACAACUGUGAAGCCAGAAGAUGCAUAUGAAGACUUUAUUGUGAAACCUCCUGUGAGAAAGCUGGUCCACGACAAAGAGUUGGCAGCGGAGGAUGAGCAGGUGUUCCUAAUGAAGCAACAGUCACUCCUUGCCAAGCAGCCAGCCACACCCACGAGAGCCUCCGAAUCCCCUGCAAGAGGACCCUCUGGCUCUCCAAGAACCCAGGGCCGGGGAGGGCCAGCCAGCGUGCCUAGUGCCUCCCCAGGCACAUCAGUAAAGAAGCCGGACCCAAACAUCAAAAAUAAUGCAGCAAGUGAAGGGGUGUUGGCCAGCUUCUUCAAUAGUCUGUUGAGUAAAAAAACAGGCUCUCCUGGAAGUCCUGGUGCUGGUGGGGUGCAGGGCACAGCCAAGAAGUCAGGACAAAAGACUGUGUUGACAAAUGUUCAGGAAGAACUGGAUAGAAUGACUCGAAAACCAGACUCCAUGGUAACAAACUCUUCAACAGAAAAUGAAGCCUGAUCCUCCUUAAAAAGUGCAUAUGUAAAAUGACCAAAUAACUAUAUUGAUCUGCUCUAAGACCAGGAUUUUUCUGAUAUGGCACAUGCUAUCAGUUUUUUGGGGCAGGGGAGAUGAACUUAAAAAAAAAAAAAUACUUCACUGGCUUGUCCGAGUGUGAAAUGCACCUUUAGGAAGGUUAUGUGUCAGACCCCUUUGUGAAGGAUAACCCUUGGACUCUCAGGCAUGUGGCUCUCUCAUGGGCAGCAAGUGCAGCUGGGCUUCUUGGGGAGGGGAAGGUAGAUGGAGAGAAAGAGGGCCCACUUACUUUCAGGGUGGAGCCAAUGAGACCAGGAGGUCAUUGAUCAGAUGGUGGCUAGUCUGACCAGUUGCAUGUUAACAGAUUCACUUGUUCUUGGGAAGCAGAUUAAGUAGCAGAAAGUCCAGGAAAGAGAAAGACUGAAAGGAGGAAUGAGAGAAGUGUUGGUAGGGAAGCUGAAUGUUGCAGGAAGUGGAGGAGGAGGAGAUGAGCAGUGUUAGUAAAUACUGUGUGUUCAGUAGAAGUCGAAUAAUCAUUUUUAAGACUUAAAAUCAGAAGCAUUUCCAAACUAAACACUAAGCAAAAUGGGAAUUGGACUUGUUCUGAAUGCAUCUUUAACUUAUGAAAGAUGUGUUAAGUGUGGGGAUGCCUGAGUCAGGUGGAGCCGGUAUGGGGGUGGGGAAGAUGGCAGCUGCCCAGGACUCAUGUGCUUAGCCCAGGCCAUGUCCUUGUGGGAGGUGUUGGGCUCCACGCGUGUGUGUCGUGGGGCAGUCACUGUGGGGUAUGUUUAAAGUCAGCAGUUACAAAUUUAGUUUACUUUGAAUUGUGUUUUCUAAAUAGCUUCCGCUUUGUUUUUAAAAAAAAUUUUUUUUUUAACUACCACAGGCUGGCCUACUAGUAGAGAAUGGGUGACCAACCUCUCAUUUUACCAUAAUGCGGUGUGCUACAGAAAGUUUGAAGGAGGUUUUCAAUGUAAAUACACUCCAGUUAAUUGGCUUACACCAGUCCCUGCCUUAUGGUCAUUGGAAACCUUCGUGGAGUUCCUUUGAUGCAAAAGGGUUUUGUCCUAGCUCCCUGGUCUCAUCAGUGCUAUCAGAUGGACAAAUAAGUGUGAAUGUUUUAUAUUGAAAAUGGAAAUUUCUCUUGUUUUAUGUUUUUCAUAAACUGUAGCAUUUUUUUCUUAUGGAAAUAAGUGUUUCAAGUGUCUCCAUUUAGGGCAAAUUCAUGCACAUUGUCAUGCCACACCAUCAUCCUGGAAGUGACUUCUAUGGAUUUAAAAUGGCACUUUUAAUUUUAUACAUGACACAGAACAUUAAAAUGCAAACACUACCAUUAAUUUAAUAUAUAAAACGUUUGUUGUCAAAUCAAGGGAAAAACUACAGUUCACUUAUGUGGAAUUUACUUUUUUUAUAUGAAUGUUUGUUGUACUGUGUCUAAACAUAACUUCCCUAAUGUCAUUACUUUUACAUACCAGAUUUGACUGACCACUAACCAUACUGGACAUAACUUAAUAUCGUAUGUUAUAUAACAAGACUCUAAGACUGUCUUGAGUUGCUUUUCUGUAAAGGUCUGAACACUGUUAAGGAGAAAGCUGAGUAUUUACUUGCCUUUCUGACAAACAUAAAAAUGUGUUUCUUGUGCCAGUCUUAUUGUUGAAAAUACACUUUUUUCCCCCCUUUUUAAUUCAGUUUUUUUUUUUUUUUUUAAUGUAUUCUGGCUUCCAGUUACCAGAUUUUCCAGGUAAUGACAGUAAACUGACUUGGAAUGAUGGUUGUGGUGUAAUGACCAAUAGAUGCCAAACAGCUUGUGGCCACACGAAUGAUGGGGUCACUUAAUCCCUCCAUAGCAGCUGGCAGGGGCAGGGAGCACAAAAUGAGUGACCUCAGAAAUAAGAAAGAAUUCUUCGAACGGCACAUGCCUAAGAGGGAUACAGUGUGAUUUUAAAUUUUAAUGCAAAACUUUACUUUUUGUUUAUUUUUUAUCAUUUAAACUGAUAAGCACUUUUUGUGUCAAUAUAAAAUGUACUAAAACCGAAGAAAUGCUAAGACACCUGUCUUGUGAAGGAAGGUUUCUUGGAGAUCACUUUAGUUUCUCAUAACAAGUGGAUACUCCUAGGAUCAGAAGAAACUGAUGUAUAGUGUCAUGUGCUCAGUGGUUGCCAAAGUCUACCAACUUUGGGGAGCUGCAGGGUUCUUUUUAGGGGGGGUGGGAGGAGGGAGCAUAUUUUUUGUUAUUUUGGGAUUUUCAUGCAUUGGAACCAAAGGCCAAACAAUAAACAGCCUUUACUUUUUAAAGUAAAAUUCAUUUCAUUUGCAGAAUACACUUGUAUGGUAGACUGUUAAAGAUAAUUUUAUGACUAUUUAUGUACAUUGUAGUGGUUACAUCUGCUGUUUGUCUUUAAAAUGGAAAAAUCAAAGAAAUAAGCCCAACCUUGAAGAUAAGGCCACGAUAAAGGCCAUGAAUUGGUCUUUCCUAAAAAUGCAACGGGUAUGCUGCUAGAAUUAUUUAAUUUUGUUUGCACUUUUUUUUUUUGGAUUGGCAUUUUUAAACCAGUAUUUAAACUGAAGAUGUGUUUUAUUAGUUUAACAAAGUUGAAAGUGACUGCUCUGUACAUCAUGACCUUAACAAUGUUGAUGCUGUAUGUGAAAGUUCACUGUUGUCUCUAUACUAGGUUUAUUGGUGUUUUUAACUUAAAAUUAGGACUGCAGAUUAUUCCCCCACCAGCCUUAGUCCAGGGGUGUGGCUCUGUCCAGAUGCAGUAUGCAGUCAUGUGGAACCUUGCUUUCUAGUGCUGGAAAAGAAGAUGUCUCUAAUUACUGGCUUCAAUAAACACGAAUCCAGACUGCUUACAA